UUACGAGCAGGAUGCGAGCGAGCGAUAAUGGAGAAGACAGUCAGUUCCAUCUUACCGUCACCGCUGACGUUUUCAAGAACGAACUUUCCAGAACGAAGUCACAACUGCUUUCUUAAAUCUCGAUCUCCUUUCUCCCUCCCGUUCUAUAAAUCCAAGCUCGGUUCCUUCGCCACUCAUCUUCAUAGAAAUCCGAAGCUAAAACCCGAGAGGAGAUUUAAGUUCUUUGCCAUGGCCGCAGCCGUCGCGAGCAGUUACACGAAGGAGGAGCUUCCCCCCUCUCUGGAUGCUACUGCGGAGCCACCUUCUCUGUUCGAUGGAACGACGAGGUUGUACAUAUCUUACGUUUGCCCGUUCGCACAGCGCACCUGGAUUGCCAGGAACUACAAGGGGUUGCAGGACAAGAUAAAACUGGUGCCGAUUGAUCUGCAGAACAGGCCUGCGUGGUACAAGGAGAAGGUCUAUUCUGUAAAUAAGGUCCCUUCUUUAGAGCAUAACAAUGAGGUCAAAGGGGAGAGCUUGGAUCUGCUCAAGUACAUCGAUGAGCAUUUUGAGGGGCCUUCUUUGCUUCCUGAUGAUCCGGAAAAGAAGAAGCUUGCUGAGGAACUGCUGGCUUUCACCGACUCUUUCAAUGGUGCUUUAUAUCGAGACUUACCUGCAAAGGGUGGUGUCAGUGAAGAAGUUGAUGCUGCUUUCAACAAGAUUGAAGAACACCUUUCAAAGUUUGAUGAUGGACCUUUCUUCCUUGGCCAAUUCAGUCUUGUGGAUAUAGCAUAUGCUCCAUUUAUUGAGAGGUUUCAACUUUUAUUUGCUGAUAUAAAGAACUAUGACAUUACCAAGGGCAGGCCAAAGCUGGCUCUAUGGAUUGAGGAGCUGAACAAGAUAGAUGCCUAUAGUCACACACGAAUUAAUCCUCAAGAGUUGAUAGCUACCACUAAGAAGAGGUUUGGGAUAAACUGAAGGGUUCGGCAUUCUCCUUUUCAGGUGUCGCGUAUUUGAGCUGGAGGCCUAAACUAUGAAUUUGCAAGUCUGGAAUAAUAUUAUUACUGUAUAAGUUGUGAAAUAAAUGAUUUGCUUUCAGUAUCCCUGCCGAGUUAUUUUAGUUGUAAUUGUUUUCCAACGGUCUACUACUAAUGAAAAAGUUUGAAUUUCUGUUGUU